AUGGGUGGCAUUCACAAGAUUGUUUCUUCUCCGAGUUUCCCGGUUGUCGUCUGUAUCUUCAUGUGGGCCUUUAGCCAUGUGGGAAUCAUCAAGGUAAUUGCUAUUUACUUGGAUGAUAUCAACAUCGAACUUGGAUCUUCACCGACGGACAUCGGAGUGGCACUUGGUCUCCUCAAUGCAUCCUGCUUCUUUUUGUGUCCGAUAACUGCUGCCCUCUUUCGACACAAUUCUAUUCGGCGUAUGCUUCUCAUAUCUGGUGCAUGCUUCCCCGCCAUAGGAGUGGCAUUGACGUCCAUUGCAACAAGCAGCACUCAGGUUGCCAUCUACAUGUCAAUAACGGGUUUAGGAAUUGGAACCUUGAUGGUCGUUACUAACGUGACAUUGCAUUGGGUGGCCAAGGAAAACUACAAUCUAUAUCUAAGCAUCGGGCUGAUCGGCUAUGGCCCUGGAAUGGUUUUAUUACCACUGUUAGCAGAGUACCUGCGGGGACCCUACGGUUGGAGGGGUGGACUACUCAUUACAAGCGCUCUCUUGGCAAACUUCAUACCAUGCGCAGUCGGGAUGACGUUAGAGACACAUGAGCACUACGCAAAGUGGAAUGACCCUAAGAGUGACUACCGGUCAUUAUCAAGUGACAGUGAUGGAAGUGAUAGCGAAGAGGGGCAUAAACAUCGCGAAAUAGAAGGCAAAUCUUACCUUUUGCGACUUUAUCAAACGAUGAUUAACAGCUACCGUCAAUCGGAUUUCUUCAACGACAAGAUCUUUAAUGCAGUUCUUGGCCUAGAUUUCGCGUUCUACAUGGUUUACUGCUGUUGGCAUUCCUUUCUUAUACCGCAUGCCCUACAGGAAGGAAUCUCUACCAAGAACACCAUCAUUCUCACUUUGGUUGCGGCAAUAGGGAAUUCCGUCAGUAGGGGUGGAGUAGGUGUCCUAACCAACAACUGGUUUAAUCCUACAAUGGUCUUUCUCCUUGCUACAAUACUUAAUAUCGUUUCUCUCCUCAUCGAUGCGUAUGUCACGAACUACUACGUCAUGAUACUAACCUCAUGCCUCUCGGCUAUGUCAGUCGGAGGUAGGGCGACAGUAAGCAACGUUAUUUUGAGGGAUAGAGCAUCUCCCGACAAGUACGAUGUUGCAUAUGCAACAGACAAGAUUGUCGCUGGAAUUGGGACGUUUCUCGGAGGCUACCUUAGUGGUAUGAUUGCCGAUCACUUCUCUUCCUACAGUGCACCAUUCAAAAUGUUACCAUUAAUUGAAACCGUCGUGCUUGUCUUCAUAGUAGUCAUCAGAUGUAAUCCCAAGGCGGAAUCCAAAUAACUACAACAGAUUGUUAUCCCGAUAAUCAUCGAUAUCUUCAUUUUUUUGCCACCCUCAAUCGAUCGUUAUCUUCCUCAUAGCGACUAUCAGAUGCAAUACAGAAGCGAAAUGCAUGUCAUCAUUGCAAUUAUUAUUGCAACGAACUUAAUCAGGAGUGUAUGCACGAUUUUGCACCCUGGGAUGCCCAACCUAAUUUUGUGUAGGCUACUUGAAAAAUGGCGUCUCCUCCCCUCCAGGCGAACAUAGGUGCUUUAAAUGCUUGUAAAUUAUCUUAUUUCACAAUCACAUGAACAAAAGUAGGUUUACGGUCUCUACUGGUAUAUCUC